AACAAAUAUAGAUCAAAAUGUCAGCAAACAAUUCAAACGAUCCAUUCUUCAAGCCGAUCGGAGAACAGGUGGCAAAUAAUGCAGGGGAAGAACAAAUGGCAACGCCAACUGCAGGCUCUGAAGUUGAAGGACAACAAGAUCAAGAUCAACCAGUUCAAGAGAUUGAAUCACUAUGUAUGGAAUGCGGUAAGAUGGGAUCAACAAGACUGCUUCUAACAUUCAUUCCAUACUUUCGUGAAGUAAUUAUCGCUUCUUUCUAUUGUGAACAUUGCGGAAACAGGAACAACGAGAUCCAAUCUGCUGGAAUGAUUCAACCAAAAGGAUGCAUUUAUACAAUUCAUGUUACAGCAGUUUCUGAUCUCAAUAGACAGGUCGUCAAAAGCGAACAUGCAACGAUUACUGUUCCUGAGAUCCAAUUGACCAUCCCGAACAAACGCGGUCAAUUGACAACUAUCGAAGGUAUCUUGAGCGACACCUUACGUGACCUAGAGAUGGAUCAACCCUUGCGAAAGCACAUGCAACCUGAAGUAUACGAAAAGAUCGAACAAAUUUGUUCUAGGCUGCGUAUUGUCGUGGGAGAAGAGAAAGAAGAAGAAGGUGAAGAGCCAAGCUCAGCUGACAACCAAGCACAAGAAGGUCUAAGUUCAAAAGGACCUGUGGGCAACUCGCGAAAGACUGCAGACAAAGAUGACGAAUCACGACAAUUCCCAUCUCUCACUUUCAAGAUCGAUGAUCCUACGGGUAACAGCUUUGUCGAAUUUACAGGCUCGAUCGAAGGAAAGGGAAUGAGUGAUGUCAAAUGGAGUAAGCGUGAUUACCCAAGAACGAAAGAGCAGAAUACAGCUUUGGGACUGGGUAUCAAUCAAGAGGAGCCACAAGCAGACAAAGACACUAGAGAAGCAGGAACUGGACCUCAAAAGGGAGGCAGUACUGACUCAAAGGCAGAAUCACGCGAGCAAAAGAGAAGCAAAGGACAAGAUGGCGAAGCUGUUCCUAUGGCAAGCAAAGCAGAUGCAAUCGAUGCAACGGGUCUUGGUGGCGGAUUUAACAGAGAUGCAGGGGAGACUGAAUUCGACAAUGAAGAAGUGUUCACAUUCCCUGGUACUUGCAGUAGUUGCUCUGCUCCUUUGGAAACGAAUAUGAAGAAAGUCAACAUCCCUUACUUUAAGGAUAUCUUGAUCAUGUCAACAAAUUGCGACUCAUGUGGAUAUCGGGACAACGAAGUGAAGAGCGGUUCAGCAAUUCCACCAAAAGGUAGAAAGCUCACACUUCGGGUUGAGGAUGCCGAAGAUUUGUCAAGAGACAUUCUCAAAUCUGAAUCUGCUGGUUUGAGCAUUCCAGAUAUUGAUUUACAUCUUGCGCCAGGAACCUUGGGAGGUCGUUUCACCACUUUAGAAGGUCUUUUGCAACAGGUGUAUGACGAAUUGUCCGAACGUGUUCUAAUGCGUGGUGAUUCUUCCAUUCAAAAGGAGAAUUUGGAAGGCUUCUUGGGCAAGCUAAAAGGUGUAAUGAGUGCACAAUUAUGCCCAUAUACCGUCAUCCUAGAUGAUCCUUUGGCCGACAGUUACAUUCAAAAUCCGUAUGCUCCCGACAAGGAUGAACAAAUUGAAGAAGUAGAAUACGAACGUACAUGGGAUCAAAAUGAAGAUUUAGGAUUGAACGAUAUUAAAGUGGAAGAUUACUCAGAAGAAAGCAAGCAAUGGAGAUUAGAUGCAGAAAAGGGAAACAAUGAAACUUCCCAAUCAGCAAAUGAUACAAAGAUGGAUGGAUAAUGCAUAAUUCUACCCAGGAUACCACUUUUCAUUCUGUUUAUCAUAGACUUUUUGUAUCAUAUGUUCUGCCAGCCAUUAAUUCCAUAUUUUGUUACAG